UGGCUUGCGCGCAAACCGUGGGCACGUGGAUCCGCGCACAUGUUGACGCUCGUAAAGUGGAAACGGAGCCAGAGAGGGAUGAACGGACCGGAGGAGAGCAAUUGAGGCUGGGCUCGUCCACGCUGCUCCGGGAGUGUGUGCCGACGGAUCCGUCCUAUCAGAGCGCAGCUGGGAGCCGUUAUAACGGCCGUUAGCGGCGCGGGAGCCUUUUACGUCACGUUACCAGCAGUGAUGCAGUCCCAGGGCAGCAUUUCCUCCCAGCCCUCCUUCGAUUCACUGAGCUCCGGCGACAGCCUCGUGUUCAGCGACUCUGAGCAGGCGGAGGACGACGCCGACGUCUUCCUGACGGACAGCUCCUCCUCCGUCAUGAUCAGCGGGACGGAGGGGGUCGCCGCUAACAGAGACAGGGGGUCAGAGAGCCCCGCGUCUCAGUGGACAUGUGACGCCUUCAACAACAAAGAGGAAGAGGAGGAGCCUUACAGGUCAGAAGGCGGCGGAAAGGAGGCGGCGAGCAUGGGUGCGGAGGUGGGAGAUCCUGCACGUCAGACCCCAAAGUCCCAGGGAGACCUGCUGUUUGCUCAGAAGUGUGCUGAGUUGCAGGGUUUUAUCAGGCCUCUGCUGGAGCUGCUGAAUGGACUGAAGAGGGGACGAUUUGACCGUGGUUUGAGUAGUUUCCAGCAAAGUGUUGCCAUGGAUCGUAUCCAGAGGAUCGUCGGGGUUUUACAGCGACCCAGUUGUGGGGAAAAGUAUCUGAACACUCUGCUGCAGGUGGAGAUGAUGCUGAAGCUCUGGUUUCCUCAGGUCCCUACUCACCCCGUCCCUGCUGCCUCGAGUGUUUCCACCUCGUCUGCUCGGCCCCUUCAAGAUGCUUCCAGCUUCACACCACCACACAAGCACAGGAAUCAGUUACAUAUUCCCGUAAAGAAACGCAGACUCAGCUGGACAGGUACCGACUCCCCCACACCGUCUCCUGUGCUCCUCAGGUGCCCUCGUCUCAGCGGGAAACACCAAACAGAAAGACGGGAAAAUGCGGAAGGAGAUGGUCCUCCUACAUCAGCGACGUCCAACGCAAACCGAAAGUCGCCACAUGCUGUCAGUGACAGCCAGGUGAAUGAAGACACAAAGGAAAAGGACUGUGACAGUGAGGAAUUUGGCAAGCGGGCAAAAUACAAAAUAGGCCAAAGCUCGGAGCCGAGUUUGACAUGGGUGCACAUUGCCCCCAUCCUGUCGCCGCGAAAGUCUUGUCCUUCACACGAGAGCACAGUCCUGGCAAGCAAUAACGAAAACCAGCUUGCUGUCCUUCCACCUAGAAACAUGGGAAGUCCAGCCAUGCAAGACAGCUCCAUCUCUUCUACUACACCGUACAGACACCCUAAAAAUGUGAAGAAGCCAACCCGUUGCCAAAGCCAGCCUGCUGCUGGAGGACACAGCGAGGGCGAGACCAACGAGACCGCUCAGGGUCACAGCCAUUGUCAUCACAUCACACUUCAGCCUUUGCCAAAGGUGUGUCCCACCCCUGUCAAUACAUGAUGUAUCAAAACGUGCACUUAACCGGCAAGCCUCGAUUUGCUCGGCCGUUGAGCUGAAAGCUGCCGUGCGAAGAAUAAGAAACGGUGACGGGAUGUUAUUGUACAGUAAUUAAAGAAAAGGUGAGAGGGAAGAAUGGUAGGUGCUUUAGAUGUUGAAGAUAAACAAUAAAUUACACACAACCUGUAAUUAAGGCGGUGAUUCUAAUAAUUAUUUAAAUAAAUGAAAGAGAUGCUGUGUUUAUAGGAAUCAAAUCUGUGUUGAUAAUCAAAAUUUUAUGGUAAUCCAAAAGUAUACAGGUGGUUGUGGAUUAGGAGAAUCUGAGUGUGAUUCAUCCUCGUGUUUUUCUGUUUAAAAA